AUGACUGGAGGAGCUGUCAUACCUCUCUGUUCUCAAGGUAAUCGAGGCCAGGCUCAUACAACAGGCAGCAGAAGGUUGCCGCCCGAGCCCAUGAAGGUGAUGGAGCAAAUGGACGCGCUCAACGCCGGCGUCGAGCUCACGGUCAAGACCUCGCUCGGCCACAUGCCCGCCUACGUAGCCAUGGAAGCAAGUCGCAAGAUGGUCUCAGUCGCUGCUAAAGACUGUUGGUCCGUGUGUACUAACUGUUCUAUGCUACUGUUUCUCCAGGUCAAACUGCUUUGGAUAAGACGAAGAGAGCGCAAACACUUGUCAAGAGGACGAACAUUAAGAGGCGGUUGCACCGACCGUCGUUUGCGCUGCCCGAUACAAAGGCAGAGCGGCGUGGCCGCUGAACCUAUAUGCGCUGAAUGCGCUCUGCCGCGUUGGCGGCUCAGUUCCGAUUUCCUCCCCGCCUGCGUAAUGCAGGCGCGAGACUUACCGCUUCCUGGCCAACUCCAGGUGCGCCUAACUGUGAAACCUGGUGACCCCUUUACUGCAUGUAGGGAUAAAAUAGCUCCGGUCGACUUCAUCUUCCAGGUCGAGACUGGUUAUGGAGGCCUGCGCGGAGCUGUGGAGGGAAUGUUCCGCCCUGAGUUUGAGCUGUAUCUGAAGCCAAGCAACAACGUCCCUCAACGCGAUUUCUCGGUGAUCCAAGAAGGAGAGCGCGAGUUCAAGGUGCAGCUCGAGCCAGUACGCCGAGGAUCAGCAUUCGUGCGCGAGCAAUCGCUUGAAGCUGGACCAGCGACCCAGCGCUACAUGAGUGCACGACAAGCCAGCCUACCGGACGACGCCACGAUUCAGACGCCAGAAGACGCCACGUGUCGACAACUGCAGUCGAUUGAUCAGCAAGAAGAGGCUAUGCAAGCUGAUCAAGAAGCUGCAGACAAGACCAACAACGCUGAGUACCAUGCCAUCAGGGUUUAUGCUCGAGGGAGCGGCGGUCCCGCUUCGGCUGAAAGUGUCCGACUUAAAGCUGGCGCUUAGCCGCCAUCGUACUCGCUGCGUCCACCGUUUAGGCCACCAUCAGCCACCGCCAUUCCCGAUCCUGAAGUUGACAUGGAAGACGUCGACCACCGUCAGCAAGACGACUGAACUUACCAGGGAUGAAGUGUUUUCAUUAAUUUGUGAUGUUAAUCGAAAGCUUGUUUGAACCAU